AUGCAAAUCACAAAGAUUGCCGCCCUCCUCUCCCUGGCCCUGCCCGCAGUCCUGGCUGACGGGCAGGUGCGUGGAGCCGGGAAGCGCCGCGACGUGGGCGUGCUGGCCAGCACCAACCCGACGGUGACGGGGCGGUCCGUCAGCGCGCCUACAGCCGUGGCGAGGCGCUCGCCGCACAAGAGCAAGUCCGGCGACCCGUUCGUCAAGACCAAGCCGGGACAGUCGCAGCAGAAGGCGGCCGAGAAGGCGCCCGAGGACAGAAAUGGCAAGUUCAGCAGGCUGCCCACCAGGGCCACCUCGGGCCAGUCGGAGGCGGAGCAGAACAACCCGAGCAAGCGGUCCCCCGAGCCCAAAAAAAAGAACAGGAACAAAAACAGAAAUAAGAACAGGAACAAGAACAAGAAUAAGAACAAGAAUAAUGCUCAGGCGGCUGCCGCAACGGGGGCCGCCGCCAAGAACAAGGCCGCCGAACCGCUUAUCAAAGCCAACCCGGGCCAGUCGCAGGCCGAACAGGACAAAAUCACCGCGGCGCUCGACGCAGAGAAUAACCCGAGCAAGCGGUCCCCCUCGAUCGAGAACCAGAACCAGAGGAGGCACGACGAGCCGCGCAUCUUGGCCAGCCCGGGGCAGUCGCAGCAGGAGGAGGACGAAAUUACGGCCGAGCUGGACGCAGAAAAUAACCCCAGCAAGCGUUCCCCCGAACCCAAAAAGAAGAACAGGAACAAAAACAGAAAUAAGAACAGGAACAAAAACAAGAACAAGAACAAGAACAAGAAUAAUGCUCAGGCCGCAGCCGCAACGGGGGCUGCCACCGCCAAAAACAAGGCCGCCGAGCCGCUCAUCAAAGCCAACCCGGGCCAAUCGCAGGCCGAGCAGGACAAGAUCACCGCGGCGCUCGACGCGGAGAACAACCCGCAGCCGCCUGCUCGUGCCGCACAGAUUCUUGGAGGCAAAGGCAAGAAAUGAGAGCAAAGCAUCAUGUUUCAUCGAGUGGCUUCUGGAGAGCAAAUUGUGGUUUCUCUUUUUUUUUUGUUUAUAGCGGCAAGAGGAGGAUGGGGGCCGUCUAUUAUGUGGCG